AUGCCGUACAUCAAGAGCGAGCCUGAUGAUUUCGGCAAUAAUCCCAACCGAUUCAUGCGGGCGCCGAAUUAUGGCAACGCCCAGAAUUAUGGAAAUCAAUUCAACAAUCUCCAGGAUGGUGCUAGUAUAGAUCCAUCUGAGCUAUCCAUGCAGAACAACUAUGGUAUGAAUUACAACUAUGGAGCUUCCAACAUGUCUUCGAGCUUCAGCAUGGGUAACUCCGGCUAUGACGACAACGAACUACUCGAAAGUCUCGACUUCACCAACCCACAAGGCAUGCUUGAUGACUACUCCAACAUGCCACAGCAGAACAACACCAACCGAGUGGCAGGAUCCAUACCUAUGAAUCAACAGAUCUACUCCACUACCCCAGAUGGACCUCCCAUUCAAAGUCCUUAUCUGGCUGGCUUUGACUAUUCUCAAUUUCGACAGAUGAGCUCCAUUCCAACACAUAUGUCACCCCUGUCAGGCUCACAAUUUGCCAAACGUCCAAGUAUGCAAAGCGCUCAGCGAAAGUCAUCAGAUCAAAGAUCACCUUUGACACCACGAACAUCACAAAUGGCCUCUCUGCAGAUAGGAACUCCAGAGUCGGCAAAUAUCGUUAAUGGACGACCAAUCAGAGCUCCCAGCAUUCAAAACCGACACUCCAAAACUUUGUCAGGCCAGUAUGAUAGCACGCCAGGCAGUCUUCAUUCAUACUUGGACUCGCCAUUGUCUUCGCCAGGCGGAGCACUUCAUCAUGCAGGCAUCUCUGAAACCCUUGGUUCAGGCCAUCAUGCGUCAUUGCCUGCCAAGGUUGAGAAUGGUCUCGGCACCAGCAACGCAGAGAAUGCCGAAGCUAAGAAGCGUCGUAGAAGAGCUUCACACAAUGCGGUGGAGCGGAGGAGACGUGACAAUAUCAACGAACGAAUUCAAGAUCUAUCACACCUGGUCCCUCAACACCGACUCGAUGAUGACAAGGUCAAGAAACAACUUCAGAACACGGGUCCAUUGUCACCGACCCUUGGAGCUGCUAGCAUGAGUCCACCAACGGCGGGUAGUGCUGCUGCCUCUAUUCUCGCGGGUCCAGGUCGCAGAACAGCAGGCAACAUCACGAUUGGUCUACCGCUGGACGAGAAAGAAAAGGGUCCAAAUAAAGGUGACAUCCUCAAUGGAUCUGUGAGUUGGACCAGAGAUCUAAUGUGGGCACUGUACCACAAGUACCAACAAGAGGAUGAGCUCGCGCAAUACAUCACCGGGCUUGGAGGUUCAUGGCCAUACCAAAUUACUGAUGAGGAGAAGCGUAUGCGUUCUGAGCUCAUGGAAGCGAUGGAGAAGAAUGAUCCGUCAUCAUUUUCCUAUUCUCGAGCAGAUGGAACUGGACUUCGAGUGCCUCAACAUACCAAUCUCGCAGGUGAUCGGAUAGCGCCAAAUUCAAGUCUGAGCCCGCAAAGCAAUUUCGAAUUGAGUCCUGGUUUCCAUAGUGGCGGUAGUGGCACCAACAGUGGCAGCAAUGGAGCUGGACAAACCCAGUACUGGCAUUCGGCUGGACAUGGUGGCAUCAGCUUUAAGGAAGAAGAUGAAUUGAUGGAGAUGAAUUGA